UGCAGCUGCAUGACACAAAAGUGUGAAAACCAGAAAGGCUUUUCCUGCCUCAUAGCCUUUCACACACUCCUCUGCUGCUGGUGUCUGCUGCACUUUGGCAAAAAAGGCUCAGAUGGGUUUCUGCCACUGAGCCAACAUGGAGACUGAGGGGAGGCUGGUACAGUCAAUUUACUAUGGGAGUAUUGGAAGUCAGGACACAGAGCGGCUGCUGGAGAGAUUCGGGUAUGAUGGCAGCUUUCUACUGAGAGACAGCAGCACAGUGCGGGGGGCCUACUGUCUGUGUGUGAGGAAAGCACCGUUUGUUCACACCUACAGGCUCCUACGCUCUGCCGAUGGCUGGUGCCUUCAGCAGGAUUCAACAGCCAGAUCACCAACAUUUAGGACUCUGGAGGCACUAAUAGAAGGCUACAGGAGGACUGCUGUAGUUGGAAUAGCCCCGCUCACAGAUCCCCUGGACAAAACACGAGUACGAAACAGCUUGGGCGAAGAGUUUCUUUACAUGGAAAUGAACAACAGCAGCAGCAGCUCUGUGUACUGAGGCCAUCGUGCUCUUAAUCUCUCAGACGAUCAAACCGACAGAAACCACAGCGCCUCACUCAUCUCGUCUGCCCCUGUUUCUCAAUUUCUUUGUGUAUUUAUUUUCAGUUUUUGUGUUGAUUUAGUCAUGGUUUAAGACAUAUUUUCAGUAGCCCGCAAACUGCUACUGAAAGAUAUUUAAAUGUUUUAACACACACCAUGAGUGGGAGCACUUUUUUGUUGCUGGUUUUUUGAGUUUUCUUUUGUUUUUGUUUUUUUAAUUUUAUGCAGUGUCUUUUUCAUCAGACCUACGUUCAUCGAUGUUUGUGCCUUUUUGGGUGCAUACAUCAAUGAUUUCUGUCCAAAUGGUGUCAGGCUUAAUGUAAUGUUUUAUGUUGUAGAAGUUUUGACAAGUGCUGUAUUUGGAUCAAGAUUGUUGACGUUUGUUUGCAUUCUGUCUCGUUGAGAAAGUCGUGUACAGUGAACUGUUUGAGUUCUGGUUUAUCGGUUUAUGCUCGCUCAUUGUAACGACGUAGCAAACGCAGCAGAGCAGGAAAGGUAGACCGUGAAAUCUAUUGUGAGCACCAAACUUUCUGGCGCAACGACUUUAAUUGUUCAUUUAUUUUUUUUCAUUUUCACAGAUCUCAAUAACUGACAACAUGUGAUAGCAGGUCUGAAAAUGACUUUAUGGUAUGAAAUCUGUUAAACUUAUGCUACUAAUUAAAUGUUAAUAUAUUUAAAAACUAUCUCAGAUCAAUUAUAGGAGUUUUGUAUAGAAUUCUGUGACUGUGAAAUGUAUACAAACAGUAAAUUCUGGGUGGAAAUGUGCAAAUUUCUUUUCUUAUGGACAGGUAGAAGAUGGAUAAUAAAACAAACAGAGCUUCUCGUCUUGCGCGAAUCAGCUGCAACUCUUGCCAACACCUUCAUUCAUUAAGGGCAGUUUAAAACAAGAUGCUUUAAAGCUAAUACAGCUGUUCUGCCAGUGGUUUUUCCCCACUGAUGCUGUGGACAAGCCUGCACACUUUCUUGUUCCUGUCAGACAUUCAUGCUGCAAAAGCUGAGUAACAUAAACACGUAAAAAAAGUGUAACAGAGGAGGGGCAAGCAUAAAUGAGGUAAUUAAAAAAAACAUGUAAGUAUGACAAGUAAUUCCAAACAGCUCAAAAAAUAUUAGCAUCCACUCAAAUGGUUCCUGUACAGAUUAGCAAGCAGUGUUUUUGCUAGCUAAAGAUACAGUUGUUGUGUCUUUAAGGGAGAAAAGUAAGGUUAAUGUGUAAUAAAUGUAAUCUGAGGGAUGACAAAAGCUGAAAGAAAGAGGACACAAGAGCUGUGUCCCAAAUGUAGGCUGCAUCCUUCGGAGGCUGCAUUUGAUGGCC